AUGACAGAUUUAGAUGAUGCGCUUGCAGAUCUAGGUCCUUACAACCCUUCUCAGAAAUACAGCUACACUAAGUGUGCAGAAAAAUAUGGUGUUAAUCGAUCAACACUAUCGCGACGACACAGGGGCAAAUGCAGGGAUAAAAAGAGGGAUAUGCGCAACAACAACACCUCAAUACACAACAAGAGCGUGAGCUUGUCAAAUACAUAGAUGAGCUUACUCGACGCGGGUUACCUCCUACGCGUGAAAUGAUACGCAAUUUCGCAGCAGAAAUCUCCCAAAAGUACAGGGUCUGUUAAUUAGUCUGUUCGCAUCAGCACGGACUUUUUCCUCAACGCUGAACUCGUGAUCAAUCAUCCCAACUUCAACCUCUUACUGCACAACCAACAUGACCUCAUUUGGAGCUCAGAUUUCAGCAAAUCGUGUCACAGGAGGUGAAUUAUCA